GCAGACUUACUUAGGAGUCAGUGCCAUCGUAACGCAUUUAGAUCCUCUCAGGUGAUGGGCAUUGAUCUCGGCCAAUUUAUUAACGUCAAAAGCCGGAAGUCUUUUUAAAAAAUGGAAAUUACAGAUGAUUUAACUAAAUCGUCCAGCGAAUCAUAUCGUGUUGGCUCGCCGCACCGGGAAAUGCACUAGUUUUUUUUUUUCGUUACUGCUGCUCAAGUUUUUGCAACUGCAUCCGGACUCGAGUUCAAUGCCAUACAUCAGAAUCACAAGUCCGCAUCUUUCGUAACUAUGGCCUCACUGCAACGCGUGUCUGUUUAAGAGACAAAGAAAAGCACCGGAGCGGGCAGCAUUUCCGCCAGUGGGUUGCUGGAUGGUACUGCCAUUUUGUACAGGCACUUUAUCAUCAACAUGCGAUGCUGAGAGCAGAUGUGUGGAUUUAGCAUCACGUCCGCCCGACUCUCGUCUCUAGAAUAACUGGCGAGCCCUUCCCUUUCGGUUUCUGUUCAGUGGAACCCGGGAGGCUCGGCUUUACGGCCGCGGCGAACUGUUCCUCCCCCGUCUGUAUUUAAGUUUCGGCUGCCAAGACGCGCGGCACGACGUUUCUCCCUUCGCUGCUUAUCUAUAAUGUCUUCUGUGGAUGACUUGGCGACUGAAUAUGACUCGACCUGGGAGACGGAAGGCGAGCAGGAUGAAGACGACAGCGGAGGCGAGAUCGUCAAUUGUUGGAGGCCCACAAGAAAUGAACGUGCUGCAAGAGACAUGCAGAAUUAUCGCCAUGGAUACCCAACUCAAAAAGAUGAUGAGGAUGAUGAAAAUGUUGGAGAUCAAAUGAAUGUGCUGUUUUACCAAAAUAAAGUUCCUUGUAAGCCAGAUGAUGUUAUGAUAGAAGAGAUUCAUAAGAACUGGAGGAAAAACUACAGGAAACUAGAAUCAAAUCACUGCUAUAUCCAGUGGCUUUUUCCUUUACGAGAACCUGGAAUGAAUUACAUGGCACAUGAAUUGUCGAAAAGGGAAAUUAAGGAGUUUAAACAGUGUGAAGAAGCAAAGAAAAGAUUACUUACAUCAUAUAAAAUGAUGUUAGGCUUCUAUGGUAUAAAGCUGGAAGAUGAAAAAACAGGAAAAGUGUGCAGAGCUGAGAAUUGGGAAGAAAGAUUUACCAACUUAGACCGAAAUCCCCACAAUAACCUGAGAAUAUCCCGCAUACUGAAAUGUCUUGGAGAGUUGGGCUUUGAGCACUAUCAAGUGCCGCUAGUGAAGUUUUUCUUAAAAGAAGUCUUAGUUUCCAAGCAACUGAGAAACAUGAAGAACAGUGUCUUAGACUAUUUUAUAUUUUCUGUAAGAGAUAAGUCUGCCAGAAGGGGACUGAUUGAAUUUGCCUACCAGAACUUUGAACCUAAGGAUCAAUUUGUUUGGUGUCCCCGUAAAAUUCAGAAGAGACUUAAAGAAGAUCUUCGAAAGAAAAAAGAACAUGGUAAUGAUGGUAUGUGCUCUGGACGAACUAGCAACUUGAAGGGAGCACAACAGUCUGAAUCGCAUGGUGAAGAAGCUAUUGGAUCGUCAGUUGACAGUGAUCCAUCUGAAGAACCUCAGAGUCAAGUUAAAUUAAAAUGUGAAAAAGAAUCAAGAAAUAUGAUCUUAGCUAAUAAAGAUACACCUUCUGAAAAUUGCAAAGAAGAAGAAUGCAAAAAUAAUGGAUUAUUGCCAAAUGGCUGUGAAGAACAAAAUGGGGAAGGAAAUAAGCCAGAUAAAAUAGAUGGAAGUAAUGCAAUACAUGAUAUGUCAAAUAUUGCCAUUGAAACUAUAGAAACCAAAAAUGUAGAAAACAAAACUGGAGGCCAAGAUGAUCAAGAAACUGGUGCCCAAGAUGAGCAACAUUGUCCAAUUGAAACAGAUAAAAAUGACACUCAUCAGAAUGCAAACACCAACCAGGCAGACGGUGAAGCCACUUUCUGUGAAAAGCGGAGUAGAGAUGAGCAUAAUGUGAACCAAGAUCCUGCAAAUGCCUCCUUGUCCCAGUUAGAUGCUGACUAUUCACUGAAAAUGAAUGAAAGUGAUCCAUUAACGCAGUUGGAAAAACACACAGUACAACAUGAAGAAAAACCAAUGUCAACAGAGCCAGAUGAUACUGGAAUGUGUGUGGAUGAAGAAAUAAGCAGUAGUAUCAAAGUUCCUAUUGUGGAAGAAAUAAAUAAUUGUGGCAUUUCUAGUAACUUGUCAUCAAAUGUAUCUAGGGUGUUGCAAGAAAAUAUUGCAGCACAGGUUAUAGAUGAUGGUGAAAUGCAGCCAGUGUCUGAAGAGCAAAGUAAAUCCCAAGAUCAAAUUAAUGAAUCAUCUGACAUGGAAAUAGUUGAUUCUGAGUCAGCCAUGACAGAAGAUUCUAAAGACUGUGCAAUGGAAGAAUAA